AUACUGACACGCAGACAGGUAGAAGACGACCCAGAACAUCUGUUAUUGGGAAAAUAGUUGAUAGAAUAGAAAAAAUGAUGAGUGUGCAGAGAUUGACCCACAUGAGCCUCAAUCAUCGCCGUCCCGCUAUGACUACAUAGCGGGAAAGAAGGGACUACCUCGAGUGGUUGCAAUUCACAAUUGAAAGGAGAGAAGACGAAGAAGAGGAAGCAGAUAAAUACUACAGUCAUCAUUGCCGGUAAGUGCGGAAGGACAGUAAAUCCUUGGGAACAAAGUACAGAAGUGCUCGAUUCCAAACACAGGCUAAGAUAUUUCUCGUACUUUUUUUUUUCCUGGGUAAAAAAUAUAUGUAUUCAGGUCAGUACCAUCCAUUUCAAUAUCGACUAUUAACCGGCUAAUACCAGGAUAGCGAUAUCUGUCUUUCGUGUUUAUGUGUGUUGUCACAAUUAAACGCUAUUCAUUGCCUCUACAACUCCCUCGUUCCUCUCGAGAGUGCACGCGGCAGAAUCUGCCGCUUGCGACAACGUGGUCCAACGUUUUUCCACUUUUACAAGAGUUCAAUAGAAGAUCUGCACGCUACUCGGUGCUAUUCUUGUGUGGGUUAAUGAUUAACUAAGGUCAUUGUGAUGUUUGCCGAUGCCUCACUGAUGUCGUCAGAUUAUUCGUUUUUGUGUAACCGAGGUCAUGUUAACUCUUUGGUCAGAUAUCCCCACACUUAUUUGUCGGUGUCAUGUGAACGCUCUCCUAAUGUUUCCUCCAUGAAGCCAUGAAGUGACUUGAUGGGGUUUAUAGGUAAAUGUUUACUAAAGCCAAUCAAUGUUGGAUGGUCCAUUUGAAUGAUGAUGUCAUGAGUGUAGGAUUAUGGAGCCAGUAAAACUGAGCCUGACUGUGGAUCAGAUUAAGUCAGGCUGAUUUGGGUUUUGCUCGUUUCCAGCCUUCAUGUGGUCAUGUGAUGUAACCUAGUGUUUGCUGUGUGGGAGUUUGAGAUGGAACCUGCACAGUUACCCCUCAAAUGUAAACACACUUUGAUAUGAGGGUGAUCUCUGUGGGGGUAGAGGAUCUGGAGCUUUAGAACGUUCCUUUUUUUUUUUUUUUUGCGAGGCUGUGUUGAGUGACCUGCAUGCAUACACUCAUGUGAGUGAAGCAUCCGUGGGAGUGAGCGUUUGGUGCAUCAAAAACCGACAAGCCCGAGCUUGUGUUCUGUGAACUAUCUUUGGAAUUUGGAUUUCUCUCUGCGUGUUGUUGUGGUACUGCUGACUGACCCGUGUGUCUCAGAGGGUCUGAAAUGUCCCCUCUUCACGCUCAAGUGUCAGACCUCAUUCAACUAUUUUUGGGGGAGUUUGUGCUUGAGAACCCACUUGAAAGCGGCAGGUUUUUGCUGUCUUUGUGGUUGUCAUAGAUGUGGCAGUUGUGUGGUUUUCUCCAUGAGUGUGGUCAUUAUGCUGAGAAGACGAGGGGUAACCAAAAUUUCCAUAGAGGACUCACUAUGCAUUUUUGCAUAUAAACACACCAUUGACAUAUAUUUAGUUACUGCCCAAUGAAAAGCAUCAAAACAUCAAACACUUUUCAUCCCACGACAUAGAUGGGCUCAUUACAAAAUUGUCUGUCCCAGGGUCAAACUGUCACCAUUACCAUUUUUUUAACGUCUAGGUAAUGUUUUACAUAACAUUUGAACAUUCUUCACAAGUGUAUAAGUUAACGCUUAUUAAUAAUAGCAUUAAAAAAAAACUGUGUACUCACCCUUUGAUGAAGCAUGCACAAGAGAAAGAGGAUUGCCAAAGAUGAAACCACUCAUUGACGUUAGUAACUGUCAUACAAGUGUAAAAAGAAGUUAAUCCCUAUUAACAUUAGCGCAUAAAAGCAAUACAUUGAGUACUCACCCUUUGAUGUUACGUGUGCAAGAGAGGGAGGAUUUCUGAAGACGGCUCUUCCUUUAAUGUUUGUAGCUGUUAUGCAAGCGUAAGAAGAAGUUAACCUCUGUAUUUGAAAAAUGUAAAACGGUAAAUUGUAUACUCACCAUUGACUUUGACGCCGCCUGACGUGCACAUUGGAGAUGCCUGUUGUUGUUCCACAUUAAGAGUAAAUGUCAGUUGCCAUCACUGGCACCCUGAGAACAGACAAAGACCCACUAGUGGAGACACUGUGUAUCACAACACUAUAUCAUAUUUAUAAUAAUCAUCAUAAUGUAAUAUUUCUACAUAGAUUGUUUCCGUUUUUUGGUAUUCGUGAUAAGUAACAAAACAUUGCAAGAAAUGCAGCCCAGGUGCAUGCGUGCAUAAUUUGCUGAUGUUAAUCUAGCUUGUUUGAUCAAAAUGAUAACCUUGUAGAAAACCGUUGUGCAGGAAUCAUAAAUCAAGAACAGAGCACUUUUUAACUGACGUGUCUGCUCAAAUGCGUUGUGUAUUGAGGGGCCCUGUGGCCUGUCAAGGAUAGUUUCCUACAAAUCUCUCUAUACGUCUCAUGGUUUGUUCAGGCUCAUAAACUGAAGGGAAAACAAGUGGCUCAUCAAAUUCUGUGGCUCACCCUCACCCGCAGCUCAGCUUCAUACCAUGCUUUGAUCAGCUUGUCCUAUUUUUUUUUUUCGCCAGAUGCUUGACAUAAAUCCAGUGGAAUACAAUACUUACAAAAUACUAUCAGCUACAGACCAGGACCAGGUUAUCAUAUGACUCAUAUGAUGAGUCCUCAUGUGCGAUAAUGUGUGCAAUAUUGUAUAAUAUCAAACGAAUGAGAUCCAAUACAACAGUUCUGUCCCAUAUUAUAGUAUUUUUCAGCAAUUUUAAAUAAGUCUCAGCGGUCCAAAAAGAGUGUAUUGGAAGUGUGUUGGAAGAAAUGUCAUCAUGGUAAUGGUUUAAUGUAUUUGUUCUUGAUAGUGGAAUUUAGAGGGUUUUAAUGUGUUUUUUAGUAAGCCCUACUGGGCACACAUGGUUUUGUGUGUGUGUGUCUAGCUUUUAUGCCCAUUUAUGCCCUUCCGUGAAGUGAUGGGUGUAUACAGCGGUGGGUUCAUCUCGCUAGGGGUGGGUCAGAGGCGGAAUCAUGUUCACGGGAGAUGAGGUGUCUGGGAGGUGAUAGCCUUUUCCAGAGGUAUGGACUCGAGUCACGCGACUUGGACUCGAGUCACAAUUUUGAUGACUUUGGAAUCGACAUGACAGUAUCACCAAAGACUUGCAAGGCGACUUGGACUUUGACAUUAAAGACUCGAUAUACACUUUAGCUUGAUUUGAAAAUACUUAAAAUUUUCGUUGAGUAAAUUGUGUCCCCAUUCAAAGUAUUGAACUCACGUGAUCGUCAUUAUGUACCGCCAUUUCCAACAAGACAACCCCUUUGAGUCUUCCUCAUUGAGUGCGUUUAUUAAGGUCCCAUCAGGUUUAAGAACAAACAACGAAUGUGCGGAUCCUGAAUGCUGUGUCAGCACUCUUUUUCUGCGACUAAGUCAUGUCACACUGGUAUUAUUUAAUAACAAAAAUAAAACAAUUCAGCUUGGCUUGCACUUGCACGUCUUUACUUGAGGUAUGACAAGACUUGCGAUGAAAGACUUGAGACUUUCAAAACACUGACUAGCUCCCACCUGUGGACUUUUCUCAUGUUUCUCAUGAACAGACUCUAGGGACACAUAUUACUGCUAGAACAUCAUAAAAGUCCAUUUGUACAAUAGGGGACAUUUAACAAUGCAUCGCAUUGGAUCUCAUUAGUGCAAGGGUACCUAAUGUUGUGGCCAGAGAUGCGACACAAAAUUGUCAUUGUCAGCAUAUAUGAUCUCAGUCUAUCCUCUAUUGUAUAUUAUAUUGGCUUAUUAGCAACCGGAUGCUUUAGUGGAAAGUUUUACAUUGUGGCAAAUAGCUCCAUGAAUAAAAACAUGAGCAGCUUUGAUCCAAGUCUGUUAGAGAGGGCCCGAGCAAAGUGGGCCAAAGUUGCUGCUGCAGCGCCCGUUUGCUUCUCUCUUAAACAUUUGCAUAAUUGGUGAAACUGCCGAGGGCACCGGUGCAAAGCACUUGAUGAUGUAUUCCAAGUGAGAGCCGCCAGGAUGUUUGUGUGUGACGGCACACGGAUGAAAAAGUAGGAUUUGAGAGGCGGGCAGCACGAUGGUUUACCUAUCAAGGGCCAUGCUACAUGAUAACAUCCCUUAUAUUCCAUUUCACAUCUCUAAAUAUUAUCAUGACAAUGUUUUAUGGUGUCAGAAUUGCUCUAUUUAAACAUGUAUUUCAUAUCAUUGUAUUGAAUCCACCGUGCCAGCCAAAGGAUGGCGGACGUGGAUUUCACUAGUGUGAUGUUGAUGCACAGUAGUACAUCCACAAUGCACAGUUUACUGGAGAGAUAUAAUACAAUGUACAUUAAAAGAAUAUAUCUGAAUGUGAAAUACGUAAGGCUAAAGCAUUGGCUUUACAGGUAUUUUACAGAUACAUCAAAAAAUAAUUUUGAAAAAUAAGAAUUUAUACUUUUUACAGUCAAAAAUAGUGCAGCAUGUUAACAUUUUUUAAUGGCCUCUUAAAUGUUUCACAGAGGCUGAGUGUGUGUGUGUUAUUUGCAUGUGUGUUUGUUUUGGUGUGCUUGCAAGUAUGAUGUGACCUUUAGCAAGUUACUAUGACAUGCUAUGAUCUAUCAGUGUAAAUAGUUAUACAAACAAACAACAGAAUAUGCAAUGUAUUCCGGUAUAUAUUAAACAGACUGCCAUCAUUCCUUCAUUGGUACAUGUGAUUAUUAUGGGAUGCCGAACAUCCAUCCAUCCAUUUUUUAUGCCGCUUCUCCUUAUUAGGGUCGCGGGGGGUAUACUGGAGCCUAUCCCAGCUGACUUUGGGCGACAGGCGGGGUACACCCUGGACUGAUCGCCAGCCAAUCGCAGGGCACAUAUAAACAAACAACCAUUCACACUCACAUUCAUCCCUAUGGACAAUUUAGUGUCUCCAAUUAACCUAACAUGCAUGUUUUUGGAAUGUGGGAGGAAAACGGAGUACCCGGCGAAAACGCAUGCACGGGGAGAACAUGCAAACUCCACACAGAAAUGCCCAAACGGAGAUUCGAACCCAGACUGUGACUGUGUGGCCAACAUGCUAACCACUAGACCACCGUGCGACCCUGGAUGCCGAACAUGUGCAAGCAAAAUAAGAACUACUGUAGAUUUCAUUUUUUCUCAUUUGAGCUGUGCAGUUGUAACCUAGUUGGAUUUUAGUUAUGCAACAAGCUUGUGAUUUGACAUAUGCUGCCUGAGCCAUCAGUCUACUAUGCUGCAUGUUCUUUCCUGCUGGGAUGUGAGCAUUUCUGCAACAACUGCAAGUAUGCAAUGUGUAUUUUUCAAUAGCUGUGUAAUGUCUCUGUCAUUUUGCAUGCAUUGUUGUCCAACGGGAGAUGGGAGUUGGGGUGUUUGUGUGUGUGUUUAUGCCGUGCCGUUAAGCUCCAGCUGGGGUCUGAGACAGCUGCCUGUACACACUGGAGCCGCACAGCUGAUGACAUCCACUCGGGAGCACCUUUCCUCCCCUGUGAGCCGUGUAACCAAUGGCAACCUCAGUCCAAACUCUUCCUCGUCCUAGUAAAAACUUCCAAAACGCAUUCCCGGCACCGUCCUUUUCACCGCGCUGCAGCAUGGGAAGUGUCGGUAGUCUGGUGGAGAGGCCCGAUGUCUCUCCUACCAAAGUGAACCGAGCUGUGCCCCAAGUGAGGCCCAAACAGUCCAGCGGCCUCUUGAAGAAAGGCUUCGCUCAGAGAGAGCUCCUCAACUACCUCAACAUCACCAGAAAAGAGCCCAAAAGCAACCAGAGCGGUGGUACCAAGAAGGACAUUAUCACCUCUGUUGGCGGACGGGAGGAAGAAAACCUGUACGCUCGGGUCUUCCACAAAGAUGGCACUGAGAUUGAUUUGACAAAGAACUCACUGCCAAGUGGGGGCAAGUAUGAAAAGGCUCGUUUGAGGUCGUCCGCCUUCAAACCUGUCACCCCCAAAAACUUCAGCUCCAUGCAAAACCUGUAUCCAUCUUCUAAAUCAGAAGACUUGGACCACGGCCUCUCCAAUGGGCUGAGCAGAGCCUAUGCCCAUGUCACCAAAGCUGUGUCCAGCUCCUCUUCCUCCUCCUCACCCUCUCGCCAUAGAGGGCCAACCACUGGGAACAAGGCUCAUUCUUCAGUGCGUGGGGCGAGCCAGGAGGAUGACAACCUGUCGGACUCGGGCCAUAACUCCAUGAGCAGCCUGCCGCCAUACCGCCCUCCAUUCCGCCCUCCAUUCCGCCCACACCUGGCUCACAUUAGUGCAUCCAUGGGCCAUAUCAACACUAUCGGCUCACUGGACCGCACCUCUUUUGGCGGCAAGGCUGCUGGCUCAGGGGGUGCAGCCAUCGGGGAGAUGGCGUGUCGCAGCAUGGCCACGCUCAGCCGCCUGGUGCCGUAUGGAGGGGAGGCGCCACCUCCAUAUGAUUGGACUCUGUCCAUGUCUGUUGAGGAAGUGGUGCGGGAUCUGGAGGAGCGUCUGGUGGAGAAAGAACACGAGUUAAAGCAGAUGAAAAGAAACCUGGACGAGAGCGAGGGUGCCAUCGCUCAGGUAUUUGAAGGCAAACAGCGUCUGUGGGAAAAGGAGGUGGAGGAGCUGAAGCGCCUCUAUGCUGCGAAGCUCCGCCAGGUUUCCCAGCAUGCCCAGCGAUCCCAACGAGGUCUCCAGUUGCAGCUCUACAAGACCCAGCAGGAGAAGAACCGACUUCAAGAGGAGCUGGAUAGUGGGAAAAGAGAAAGAAGCCAAGAGAGCGGAAACAAGGACAACCCGACCAGUCCGACCCUGGAGGAGACACAGUGGGAGGUUUGCCAGAAGUCGGGAGAGAUCGCCCUGCUAAAGCAGCAGUUUCGAGACUCUCAGGCAGAGGUGACCCAGAAGCUGAGUGAGAUAUUCCAGCUGAAGACGCAGCUGAGGGAGACCCGCAUGGAGCUGCGCAACAGGGAGAGACAGAUAGAUGCUCUGAAGGUAAUCCUGCACAGCUCCCAACAGCAGAGGCGACCCUCUCAGAGUGCCAGUGACCACGGAAAAGGAGAGGAGAGCACUGGGGCAACAGGAGGUUGUGUGGGCCCGAAUGAGGAGCGUCUGCGCGCCGAGCUACUGCUGGAGCGCCGCCAGAGCGAGGCCCAGGCCAUGGCUUUUGAGGAGGAGAGGCAGACAUGGCAGACAGAAAAGGACAAGGUCAUCCGCUACCAGAAGGAGCUGCAGGCCAGCUAUUUAGAGAUGUACCACCGCAACGCAGAGCUGGAGAGGGAGUUGCACCAGCUGAGAGUCGACAGAGAACAAGGAGGAGGUGGAGGGAGCAGGAACGGGACUUUGGAAAGAGACGUGCCACAGCUGAAGAGUGAACAGGAAGUGGAAAAACAAAAGGACAGUCCAUCCUCGGGUUUGCCAUGGAUAGACAGGAUUGAAUCCUCUGAAAUUUAAAUGACUUUUACUUUUUGUUGACAGGAAAGACAAGCCCUGCUUGGACCAAAAAUAGGAAAGGAUAAUAGAUCAACUUUUAGAUUCAGGACAAAGGUAUCGGGUCAAAUGUUUGAUACAUAAUGAUUGGAAUCUUCAAUCAAAGACCUGCCGGAAUGACGCACUAACGCAGAACAAUCAAUACACUGCAACAACUGAAACUGAAGCAAGAUUACAUCUUAUCAAUAAUUAAAGUCAUUUAAAAAGUCAUUUUUGUCUGAAAAUAUAUUUUUCACAUAUGUAUGGUGCGUCUCAAUACAUUUGAAUCUCUUUAAACAGUUACUUUUAUUCAAUAGUUCAAUUCAAAAAAGUGAAACUUACAUUCUACAGCUUCACUACAGAAUAUAGUGAAGAUGUAUUUCUUAAUCAUGUUGACGAUACCUUACAGCUACUAAAAACCCCAAAUUCGCUCUCAUACUGUAAAAUGUGAAAAAUUGUCAAAAAGUUUGAAUAUUGUAAACAAGUUUGCACUCUAAUCGGCAAAUGAACUGCAAAAAUUUCAUUGGUCUCUUAGAGUCUGGAGUGAACUUCUGAAAUAAAAAACAUUUUUCUAAUUUAUUGAGAUGUAUGUUAGACCAGUUUACUUAUCUUAAAUAACAUGUGGCCAUUUGUGGCCCGUGGCACGUUGUAAAAAUAGAAUUUUACAAAACUACAGCUGUAAUUUUACAAGAAUAAACUCAAAAUAUUAAAAGAAAAACGUUGUAAUCUGAAAAGGUCGGAAUUUUAAAGAAUAACGUAAUAUUGUGAGGAAAAAUAACAUAAUUUUACAAUCAUAAAGUUGAAAUAUGUGAAACAAAACAACGAGUAAAGUUGUCAUUUUUUAGGUUGUGGGAAAAGUCACAAUGUCACGGAAAUAAAGCCAAAAUAUUAUGGGAAUAAAAUCAUAAUUACGAGAAGAAAGUUGAAGUAGCAGAAAUGGUAAAAACAGCUGCAAUUUUAUGAGAAUAAAGUCAAAAUAUUAAGAAAAAAAAUGUCGUAUUGUAAUGAGAAAAAAAAUUGCAAUUUGUCAAAAUGUUAUUUUAAUAGCUGAAAUAUUAAAGACAAAAUAAAGUUUGUUGUAAAAAAAAAAAAACCAACAACAACAACAACAGAUCAGAAACAAACAAAACAAAAUAAAGAUGUAAUUUUUAGAAAAUUAGGUUGGGGAAAAUUUUGCAUAUUAUGGGAAGAAAGUCAUAAUAUUAUGAGAAGAAAAUUUACAAAUAUUAUUUAAGAAGAAAGGAAGAAAUAUUUGGGGAAAAAGAGGGAAAAUGGUCAGAAAAAACGAGCAAAGUUCAUACUAAUAAUAUACUUUUUCACUUUAUUUUUUGCUUUACAAAAUAUCAAAAUGGCCCUUGCAUCCUUUCUUUUUUUAGUUUUUCUUUUUAGUUUACUUUUUUUUAGUUUUAAUUCUCCUACAGAACCUCCUUGGCUGAGGUAAAAAUUGGAAUAUUUCUAUUUUUAAAUACCAAACUGUGACUUUCUCUGAUUGGAAGAAGUGGUCCGCACACAUUUGAUGAUGUGUACGUGACACUAGCACGGUCCUACAGUACACAUCCUGCAUUAUCGAGCUCUUCCUAAAUGUGAAUCUGUACAUAAGCAAAUGAUUAGUGUGAGAAUAGUGAUGUUGCUGGACAGUUUUGACAAUAACCAAAGGAUUCCGAAGGGAUUUAUUACCGGCGUUGGGAAGCUCGGUGUGGAUUCAGGGAGGUAAGCUGCAUGUGGCGGUUAAGUAUCAAGGACUAAAGCUGUCUGGUGCCAAGAUUGUAACACUAUUUUAAAAAUGAGAAUGUUGAACCAUAUUUUAUCCCUCGUUUCUUGUCAAAUUGAUGUAUUUUGUAAAUAGCUGUAAUUUUGUAAUUGUCACCAAUGAUACUUAUUGACAGAAUUUGUGGGACACUCCUUAAGGAAAAUCCAAUGCAUGAUUUUUACACACACAAGCAUUCAAAUACCAGCUGUCAUUUGACCUUUCAGCGUACUACUGUGACUUUUACUUGUUGUCUGACUUCAAACUGCACAGCAUAUAUUUGCUGCUCUGAAUAAAAUGGAUUUUGGGUGCUAAAAAUCCAAAUAAUAUUUUUUUUCUGAUUAGUGAAGUCUGGACUAAAGUGAGCAGAAAUGUCAAAAUGCCUGAGGUGGAACAUCCAGUGUGCACCCGAGGGCCCAGACGUCUGCCGCUCCCUCAAAGGGCUUAAGGUCUCACAAAGUGUGCCAAUAAAAAGCCAAGGACAAGCGCUUUAUGGCGGAAUGAACAAGAGAGCAGCAGAGGCUUUUGGAACUAAUGUGGCUUUUAGAGGUUUAGCCUUGGCUGCUUAUCUUGUAGGGGGGUGGGGGGUGUUCCUGCAGGGAUGGACGCAGCGGAGGAUCCAUGUUGGCUUUGAAAGAGUAUGAAAUACACUGGGAAUAAGGUACAGUACUUUCAUACAUGGCAUUAUCUAGAACAAUGAUUCACCAGGUCCCUACCUCGGCAUUUAAAAAAUAUUAUAUAAACUGGCCUUAAUAUAACUGCUGAGCUCAGGGGAGGUGGAAUGAUUUGUUGAAGUGGGAUGAGAGGAGAUUCUUACCUCACAUGUUACAGUUCUGUAGGACGGUUGCACCACUCAAUUUGCCGCUUUUCCUGGUGGGCUGCAAUGAUUUACAAGCAAAACAAGUUAGCAUUUCACAUUAAAGUAGCUCCUUGCUGUUAAACGUUAUUCUAAUUAAAUUCUGAACAUUUACAGAUUUUUUAAAAGGGUAUGCAACUUAAACCAAUAGUGGUUUAUAAGAACUGACUACAAAGCAUUACAUUCAAACAUUAGUAGCUAAACAUUGCCAAAUUGCUGUCAUUAGGUGAAAACAAACAUCAGUGGUGCAUGUGUUACGUUGGCGUAGCUUACAUACUCAAAAGCAGGAAGAGGCGGGACAUAAUGCUGGCAGUACCUUCAAAUGUUUGCACCCCUCUAGGUAGCAGAAGUAACCUGCUGCCAUACAGUCCCUUUAGGGUAAAAAAAGGCUUUAGAAUGUACAAGACAGCAACAGUGACACCUAGUGGCAGGUUCCAUUCAUAUUCUGACCGACAUACUGUACCAUUAUUUGAAGGCAUUUCGAAAAACAAACAAGAAAAAGUAAAAUUGGAAAAAUAACUGCAUUAUAUUUAAGUUUAACCACUUCUUGAAAAACCUUUCAUUACUUGCAAUUUCUAUUUGAAGAGUUUACACACUUUUAACAGAGGCCAACCACUGAAAGCACAUUUGGAGAACAAAUGAUUAACAAUUAGUGAAACUAAGCAAGAAUCCCAUAAAGCUAUUUUCACAACUGUCUCUAAUACAAACAAAACGAUCCAACAAGCUAAAGUGGAGCUCAAUUAUUUACUGUAGAGGUAUAGCUUUUCUUGAAAAAACAGGCCAAGCUGUGAAGUUCUACAUUAAUUUAUAAAUUAAAACAAGUAAAUAAAAAGUGAUAUACCAAUAUAAAAAGUAAAAUAAAAAAAACAAAAAAAACAACUGUAUUCAUGGCAGCCCUGUGUGUUAACUGAAUCAAAAUGUGGUCCGGUUGAGUUCAAUGCAAAGUCAGCAGACAAAUCAAGAUGAUGAAACUCAGGUUUUAGUACAAUAUAACCUGUAAUGUAACUUAUUUUCAUUAGACAACCAAAAAAAAAAAAAAAGUAUUCACUCAACUUAAUGUACCCCUUUUAAAUACACAAUUAAGAUUUCCAUUACUUCCUGAUGUUCAAGUUGAUCUGUAGUGUCAUAUUUACAACCCUUACGAACAAACCUGGAGUAUAAACCUUUAUUUCUGAUGCAAGUAUAUGAAACAUGUCAGGAUAAAUAUGUACAAUAAAGUUGCAUCACACACAGGAAAGCAGGAAAUAAGAGACAGACUGUAUAGAGAUCAUUAUAGGAGUCUACCUGAAGGGACACUCGACAGCGCAAUGAAUGAGUCGCGACCAAAGAACGUAAAUCUUCUGAAGCGCCACACACACGCACACAAUAAAAUUAAAUAAAAAAAACAUGUGCUUUGAUCCAUUUUAAAUAAAAUCCAGAGAUGCUUUGUGUAACACAGGAUACAGAAUGUCUAAAUGUUGCAUCGUGAGUGUGAGCUAUGCUGGUGCAGUUCUUGCUGAGCUAAUGAGCCUCACCCACUGAUAUGAGACGUCACUACUUUCAAGAGAACACCGGCAACAUGCAUCCAGAUGCCUGGGAGCCUUGUGCGAGUGUCCCAAAGAAUUCAGCCUGCCUGCCUGGCUGUCUGUCUGUAUAAUAAGCUGUUUAUUCUUACCUAUCAUUAACACUACCUGUGUGUUGUGUUGAUGAGCCCUGAGGAAAUAUGUUCAGGUGUAUGAUUUCUGUCACAAAAGAUGAACCAAACCUAUGGAGCAGAGGCAUUUUAGAAGAAUAUAUUAAACAACGGUCACGAUAAUCAGCUAACUUCCCCACCCACGACGAGUAAAGCUGAAUCACAAGCCUACAGUCGCUGCAACGCAGACCAUACCGCUACCAUCACACCACUUCACAUCUCCAAGUCACAUGGCGUAAAAGCAUUAGGAUACCAGGCAGCGUGAGGCCAUGAUUUGGCCGGCUUUUAGUCGUGUUGCACUAGUGUUGAUUACACAUGUUCACUUGGCUAUUUUACAUCAGCCUGUCGGGCUGUCGUGAUGAAGAAUGGAAAGAAAGCACAUUUCACAGUAGCGUACAUUUUCUUUUUGUUGUGUUUGUUAAAUACACGUGUGGAACAAGACAAAUGGCUUCUAUGAGGAGUAUCUUGCUGGUGCAGUUUGUCACACAAGAAAUAAAAAA